AUGAGGAAGAGGAAGAGAAAUGGAGAAGAAAGAAUAGUAGAGAAACCAGGAGGGUCAGAGCUGAAGGGGACCACUGAGAAAGGAACAGACCAAGAAGGAAGUGAAGAAGAGGAAGAAGAUGAUGUCAGUGGGAGGGAUGAAAAUGAGAAAGAUUUGGUUUGUGACAGAGGGACAGAAGCAGAUGCUGAGGAGGCAGAUGGAGAGAAUGAUGGAAGGGAGGCCAUAAUGAUGCUGGUGCGAACUGAAGUCAUUCUCUCUGUUUACAUCCUGUCCUUCGUGAUCGGCCUUCCAGCCAACCUCCUGGCUCUUUACGCCUUCAGCUUCAAGAUCUACUCCAAACCUCUUCCAACAGACAUCCUGCUCCUCAAUCUGAUCGUAUCUGACCUGCUGUUCUUGAUCAUCCUCCCUCUAAAGAUGCACGAGGCAGCGUCGAACAUGCAGUGGACACUGCCUGAAUUCCUGUGCUCCAUCACCUCCUUCAUCUUCUUCUCCACAAUCUACACCAGCUCUUUGUUGCUGAUGGCAGUGAGUGUAGUUCGCUACAUCGCCGUGGCUUACCCUGUCACCUACCAUAAGCUUCACAAACCUGUCUAUGCGAUCACGUGCAGUGCCAUUAUUUGGCUUAUUUCAGGAGCACAUUGCAGCAUCACGAUUAUCACACAGUACCACCCAUCUCUGUCCCGUGAAAACUCAACUGUGUGCUAUGAAAACUUUACAGACACCCAGUUGGAGGUCAUCCUCCCACUGCGUUUGGAGUUUUUCUUUGUACUCAGCCUUAUACCGCUUUUGAUUUGUGUGUACUGUUACUUGAAUUGCAUCUUCAUUCUGUACAGCCGCCCCAGGAUAUCCCAGGCGCAGAAACAGAAGGCCAUCGGUAUGGCUUUGGGGACCCUGGCUGUGUUUCUCAUUUGUGUGCUGCCAUACAACAUGUCACAUUUAGUGGGCUACAUCCAGGGUGAAAGUCCCAAAUGGAGGUACUACACUUUACUGCUUAGCACCUUCAACACUUGUCUGGAUCCCAUCAUCUUUUACUUUUCCUCCUCUGCCUUUCGUUGUACCAGUAAAAAAUACAUUUUCAGGAAAAAUGAGCUGCCCAUUACAGUUAUACAAACACCAGCCACAAGCACAGGCUGA